AUGUAUCAUGCGAACCAUGCUGGUCGAGGUUGUUUUGAGUCACUAAUUGGAGGAAAAUUGACUAGUGAGACAAACAAAAAGAAAAAGUCGAUCUCAAGAGUCUUAUUUCAUGCUACAAUUUGGUUGCAAAAACAUGAUUUUUUUUUCAAUUAG